AGAUGUAGUUGGGUGAUGAAACAAUCGGCAGGUAGUGGAGAAUCAUGUUUUCAAAAGUCGGUCUGCGUAUGCUUUUAUUGUGUAGCAAUCGAAAGGUGCAUCUGUUGACUCAUGAAGCAAAUCAAUUGACGCUUUUGAAAGUUAGGAGAAGGUACAUUGAAGUAUUAGGAACAGUAACACCAAGGAGUUUCUAUACUAGGACUAUAAAGUAUGAUACGCCGGGCGUGCGAUGUCUUCACUCAAGCAUUCCAAGAUAUUCUGAAGCGUCGAGUGAUCAUGACAAUAAACCACCGAAUGACUCCUCGUACAGAAGUGGUAGUGGAAGUGAUGAUGACCAACCCACUCCGCGCCCUUUGCCGACGACUGUUGCUGUCCCGGAGGUGUGGCCAAACGUGCCUUUAAUAGCUGUCAACAGGACGCCGCUCUUCCCACGUUUCAUCAAGAUUGUGGAGAUAUCAAACCCACAACUUGUUGACCUGAUUAGGAAAAAGGUCAAGUGGAAUCAGCCAUAUGCAGGCGUUUUUCUGAAAAUCAAUGAUGAAAACACAUCAGAUGUUGUCACUAAUGUCUCGGAUGUCUAUCGCAUUGGGACAUUUGCACAAAUAUAUGAGAUGCAAGAUCUUGGUGACAAAUUGAGACUUGUUGUGAUGGCCCAUCGUCGUAUAAGACUUCUGGGCCCACUUAUUGAUGAGGUGGAAUCACAGGAUGAGACAGAUGUAGAUCGCCGGCGUCGCAAACGCCGUAAGAAGAAGAAUAAUAAUGUUGAGGAAGGACAGAUAGUUGCUACUGAAUCAUCACCCCCAUCAUCACAGCAACAGCAAUCAUCACCACCACCACCAGCAGGAACUGUAGAUACACGUGCUCAAGCUGCAGAGGAUGAAAAGCAGCAGGCAAAACCCAUACUUAUGGUGGAGGUUGAAAAUGUAACUCAUGAGAAGUUUCGCCAAACAGAAGAGGUCAAGGCUUUGACACAAGAGCUGAUAAAAACAAUUCGCGACCUCAUUAAUUUGAAUCAUCUUUACCGUGAUGCACUGCAACAAAUGCUUCACCAAGGUGAACGUGUGGUUGACAAUCCAGUGUAUCUAUCAGAUCUGGGUGCAGCUUUGACAGGUGCUGAGCCUCAGGAGCUUCAAGAAGUUCUGUCAGAAAUGGAUAUACCCAAGCGCCUUAUGCUGUCACUUGCUCUGCUGAAGAAGGAAUUUGAGUUGAGUAAACUUCAGCAAAAGAUUGGGCGUGAAGUAGAGGAGAAAGUGAAACAGCAACAUCGUAAAUACAUCCUUCAUGAACAACUGAAGAUAAUAAAGAAGGAACUUGGCCUUGAAAAAGAUGAUAAAGAUGCCAUUGAAGACAAAUUUAGGGAGAGAAUUAAGGAUAAAACAGUGCCGAAGCCUGUGAUGGAUGUUCUGAAUGAAGAACUGCAUAAACUCUCACUGCUUGAAAGCCACUCAUCAGAAUUCAAUGUAACGAGAAAUUAUUUAGACUGGCUUACAUGCCUUCCCUGGGGUUUAACAAGUGAAGAAAACUUGGACAUAGAAAGAGCAAUGGAAAUCUUGGAUGAAGAUCACUAUGGUAUGGAAGAUGUGAAGAAGAGAGUGCUUGAAUUUAUUGCUGUAAGCCAGCUCAAAGGAUCAACACAAGGCAAAAUCUUGUGUUUCCAUGGACCUCCUGGCGUGGGCAAAACAAGCAUAGCACGCUCAAUAGCACGUGCUCUCAACAGGGAGUAUUUUAGAUUCAGCGUUGGAGGUAUGACUGAUUUUGCUGAGAUUAAAGGACACAGAAGAACCUAUGUAGGUGCUAUGCCAGGAAAGCUGAUUCAGUGCUUGAAGAAAACAAAGACAGAGAAUCCUCUUAUACUGAUAGAUGAAGUGGACAAGAUUGGCAAGGGUUAUCAAGGAGAUCCCACCUCGGCAUUGCUGGAAGUAUUGGAUCCAGAACAAAAUCACAAUUUCUUAGAUCAUUAUCUAGAUGUUCCUGUUGAUCUUUCAAAGGUGCUUUUUAUUUGCACAGCCAAUGUUACAGAAACAAUCCCAGAGCCAUUGAGAGAUCGAAUGGAAAUGAUAGAUAUGUCAGGUUAUGUCGCUGAAGAGAAGCUUGCUAUAUCAAAACAAUAUCUUGUUCCCCAAGCAAUGGCAGAGUGUGGUCUAACUCAGGACCAGAUAACUCUUGAAGACAGUUCACUUAAUACUUUAAUAAAAUCGUACUGUAGAGAGAGCGGCGUGCGGAAUUUGCAAAAGUACAUCGAGAAGGUUCUUCGCAAAGUAGCAUUCAAGAUUGUCAGGAAGGAAGCAGAAAAAGUGAGCGUUACACCAGAGAACUUAGCAGAAUUUGUUGGUAAACCUGUGUUCACUCAUGAUCGUUUAUAUGAUGUCACACCUCCAGGUGUAGUCAUGGGUCUGGCAUGGACAGCGAUGGGGGGAUCGACAUUGUUCAUUGAGACUAUGACACGUAGGCCACCAGACACUGAUGGUGAGGGAUCAUUGGAACUAACUGGUCACUUGGGAGAUGUCAUGAAAGAAUCAGCUCGCAUUGCCCUGACCGUUGCACGACAUUUUGUUGCAAAUGAUGAAGCAGCUAAAAAGUUCCUCAAUUCAAGUCACCUUCAUCUUCACGUACCAGAAGGAGCAACACCAAAAGAUGGACCAAGUGCGGGCUGUACAAUUGUCACAGCAUUGAUCUCCUUAGCAAAAAAUACUCCUGUUCGACAGGAUGUAGCUAUGACAGGCGAAGUGUCUCUCACAGGCAAAAUCUUGCCAGUUGGUGGUAUUAAAGAGAAAACCAUUGCGGCAAAAAGGGCAGGGGUGAAAUGUAUUAUCCUGCCAGAUGAAAAUAAGAAAGACUUCAACGACCUUGCCAAAUAUAUAACAGAUGGGCUUGAAGUUCAUUUUGUAAAUCAUUAUAAGGAUGUUUUUCCAAUUGUUUUUCCAGAGGCAAAUGCCAGUACAGCUUCUGUAUGAAUGUAUUGUGCAUAACUCUUUAUACGUAUAUAUACUGUAAUAUAUGUGAAAUAAAAUGUUAUUUUUUGUUUAUAUAUAAAGAAACUGAGUGUUUUUUUAUGUAUGAAAUGUUUAAUGGGAAACAUUUUAGCAUAUUUUUAAUUAAUUUUGUGAGAAGUCGGAAUAAGAAAUGAAGAACUGGAUACUCCAGUCAUGAGUAUAUAUAAAAGGAAUAGUUAACAAAUCUUAAGAAAUAAGUAAACUAUUCUGUUUUGUUGCCCUCUUGAUUAAAACACUUUUUUUUCAGUGUUGCA